UGUGUCCACCCACUAGGCACCGCGUACAUGCCGAGGUAAACAGACACAUUGCAAUCUGUCAGCGCUUCACAAACAAAGUGGUGCUGCUUGUGCUUGUGCGGAGAGUGGCGUUUAUCUGAACAUCCUUCCAGUUGCUGGACCCGAAACCAAUCGCACAAAAAUGAACGCCAAAAUAGGCAAGCAGCGUGCUCAACCGGACGACAUGAUGGCCACCGGUGGCCUAAUGCCGCUCAUCCAGGCCCUCAUUAAGCCACCGGAAUCGAUGGAUUCGCUCGGACGCAACCAGCAAAAGCGGAACAACCAUCCGUACUACAGGAAGCCGGGACGGGGACACAAUAACGAUACGUGCGAUUCGUGCAAGGAGGGCGGCGCACUGCUCUGCUGCGACCGAUGUCCAUCCUCCUUCCACCUGGGGUGUCACGAUCCGCCACUCUCGGAGGAGGAAAUACCGUACGGGCAGUGGGUCUGCCAUACGUGCAAAUGCAAAUCGGCGAUGAACGUUAGUGACGCGUGGGGCACGGGCGGAAAGCUACGGGUGCGCGAUCGCAGCCUGUCCCACAAAAGCUUCACCUCGAGCAGCUCCGGCGGUAAGCAUUCGCACGAUGGUGACAAUAACGAUUCGCUAGCAGGCUGCAGCGAACCAACAACGCCCCCGUCGGAGGCGAUUGCGAUGAGUUCAGCUGCUUCGCUGGCCGCUGACCUGGAGCAGAUCGAAUCGCGCGCGGAGAAAAAGUGGGACGAGUGUAGUAAAACCACUAACUCGCCAUUCGAUCAGCUCAUAGAAGCGGCUCGGAUACUCAAUCCGAAGCAAUUUGAGCUACCUGUCGAAAUGGAAAUGUGCAUCCCAUUUCCGGGGGCGGAAAAGGUAGAUGGGAUGGGUAAGCGGAACAAACCGAAAAAGAUGCACGAGCUCGAUAGUCAGGGAUUGGUGCCGCUGCCCGCAAGAACGUGCCACAGCUGUGGGCAGUCUUGCCGAAAGGCGCCACUGAUCGCUUGCGAUUACUGUGAGCUGGUGUUCCACCAGGACUGUCUUGAUCCGCCGCUUACGGCAAUGCCCACGACGAUGUGGAUGUGCCCGAACCACGUGGAACAGUAUGUGGACUCCAAACUGGUCACCUCUGUUUCGCUAACCGAGCGCAUACGGUUGUGGAAUCGGUUCAGCAACGAUAUUGAGCACGACACGGUUAAAACCGAAUUCCUGCGCAAAGUGCACCGCAAAAAUCCUCCAUUUCGGUUGAAGCAAAAGUUUCGCCAGCGAACUAAAAUCAUUGUACCACCGUCGAUCGAGUAUCACUACCAGCAUCGUGCACCGCUGCUGCCGUCGCUUACGACGUUCCUGCGAUCGCGACAGGUGAACCCUUCCAUGCAUUUCCAGGAUGCACAGCCCGUUCAGUACGAUGACGAGACGCUGCUACAGAUAGUGGAACGCGAGCUGCAAGCGAUCGAGGAAGCGGACGAACGAAUGGGUUUUGAAAAACAGAACACAGGCGAAGAUGGAAGUGGUGAUGAAUGUGCAGAGGAAACUGAGCAGAAAACGGACGACGGAAAAGCUGGCGGACACGAUGCUGGAUGUAAUGGCAGGUGCGAGGAUGUUAAGAUGGAAAUUGAUUCGGUCGUUGAAAAUGGUAGCAGCAAUGUUGAUGGUGGUACAGUCGAUGCAGCUAAUAGUUCUGUGGCACCAAGCUCAAGCUCGAACGCAGCAAAUAAUACGAUAAACAUUACUGAAUCAUGUUAUCAAAAUGAACAUGCAAUGCGAGAGCUGGAUAAUCUGGGGCCGGCGUUGAUUAAACUACUGGCAGUGCAGCGCAUGCAACAACUCAUAGCGGAACAUCCCGAUCUGCUGGUUAGUUCCACAUCCAACGGUACCACACAUGAGGAAGCAAUCGCACAGCUGUGCCAGAGUGAGGACGAUCUCAAGAAGAUGCCACUCCCCAGCGAGCUGCUAACGAAGGACGAUAUCGAGCGAAUAGCGCGCGAGUUUACAGCGGCCAACGGUAGUGCGCUGAACGCAAAGCUGCAGUCGGAAUUGAGAAAGCAAAAGCAAAGACCUAAUAAUGGGUCAAGCAAUGGAAACUCUAUUAAUCCUCUGCCCAUGCAAGAUGUGUCGGAUGCAACCGUAACUACCUCCUCGAAGAAGGACGCCCUGACCGAGCUGACGACCCGCAUAGUGAACCAGGCGCAACACCAGCAAAUACGGGUGCGGGCCGCACUGACCUGGAUCAAUCUGGACCAGGAGGGAUACUUUUGCUUUGAAAAAGUGGACGCAUCCGAUGCGAUCUGCAUGUCGUACCGCUCCUUUACGGUCGGUUCCGGACCGGGGAACGAUGUAACGCUCGCCAAGUAUGGUGACUGUUGCUGCACAUCCAGCCGCCAUGCAAUCAUCUUCUACGAUGAGGUUACGCAAAUGUUUGAGCUCAUCAACUACUCCGAGUUCGGGACGGAGGUGAAUGGGCAUCUGUACGCUUGCGAUUUCAGCGAUCACUCGGGAACGGAGUACGAUCCGGCGUACAGUCAAUAUGGCAACGCGGCGGACACCGUGACGGACGGUAAGAAAGCAUCAAUCAACGCGGGACAGGAGCACAGUGCAGCGGCAAAAUGUGAUCCGCGGAAUCAGCUUAAACAGGAUGUGCAGAGCAUACUCGAAAAAUCUCGCAAAACAAGGGAACAAAGGAAAGCGGAAGAGGCUUACGCCUCUGCUUGUAUGGCCGAUCGAUCCCUGCCACUGUGCAAGUGCUCACCGGAACGACGAAUUCCAACACGUGCGUGCGGCUGGGAGGGCAGUGCCAUCCUGUACCACGGUGCACUGAUUCGCUUCGGUUGCCACGCGUUCGUCUUUACCAUCGUCGACUUCGACGAGGGACAGGAUGAGUUUGAGGAUUCGUACCGGGAUAGCGACAGCGGCCAGCGCAACACCGGCACCGAGCGGGACCUGGGCCCCCACGAUCCCGUUGCCGCCGUAAAAGUUCGGCGCGUACAUGUGCAUCGAACCGCCCUUGCCCCGCGCGCAGCCACCCUGCUUGCCGGCCAGCUCGCACAGCACGCCCUGCGGCGAGACGCCCAUCAGCAGCGGAGCGCUGUCGUUCAAUCUAGUGUGCCAUAUCCAUUCGCCUACCCUGCCUCCGUUGUGCCGGCCCGGGAUGCUUUAACGAUGAGCAUAGCCGCGAUGCACGAAAAGGACGGUCACGAUCACUACCGUUACGACACGUACGCGCCGCUGAUGAAGUCCGCCACGCUGAAGGGCGUCAAGGCGGUCCACUGUACCAGCGAGACGGCCACCGUGCUCAAGGGCGGAACGCACACGACGAUGACCAAGCACAGCACCACGAUCCACAGCAAGGACGGGACGGCGAAGGCGCGGUGCUGCACCUGCUGCGCCGGCCGGGGCAGCUCCACCUUCUGGGCCGCCCUGCUGACCAACAUCGGCGUCUGCACGUUGCUGCUCGCGUACACCUUGCUGGGUUCGUUCAUCUUCCUGGCCAUCGAAGGAGGCGCCUCGCAGAUGCAGCAGCGCACGCUCGCAUCGACCAACCGGCACCAGAAGCAGCUGCCGGUGAACAACAACAAUCAUCAUGGACGGCACGAUACGGCCAACCUGACCUUUCCGCAGCUGAUACUGCUGGAAGCGGUCGAGGCGCGCCAGAAGACGGUGGAAAACAUCUGGGACAUUACCGUGUCGCUGAACAUUCUGUAUCGGGAAAACUGGACACGGUUGGCAUCGAUGGAGAUAGCACGGUUCCAGGAGCAGUUUGUCAACCGGCUGCUGGAGGAGAUGACACAGAUCAACAACAUGCAGCACGCGGGCGCACCCGGCGCCGCUGGCCAUGAGCUGGCGGGCCACGGGCCGGACAACAACUGGACCUUUGCCCGUGCCUUCCUGUACUCGCUCACCAUUUUGACGACGAUCGGGUAUGGUAGCGUGGCACCACGGACCGUGCUCGGACGGAUGAUAACACUCGCGUACGCCGUGCUGGGGAUACCGCUGACCCUGGUGUACCUUUCCAGCACUGGCGGGAUGUUGGCGAAAGUUGCCCGUGGAGUGUUUUCCAGAGUUCUUUGCUGCUGUCUGUGCUCCAACUGUGGCUACUGCUGCUACGACGAGAAGCGCAUGGAGGAGAAGGAAAAGCGCAUGAAGCGAAAGCGCCAGCAGAUGGAGCUGCAGCAACAGCAGCAGCAUCUCGCCCUGUCCGGCCAGGAACCGUACUACGUGCGGUCGGGCUCGCUGCAGAACAGUGUCAACUCGCCCGAGAAGCAGCUGACCAUGCUGGGAACGGCAGCAGCGGCGGCGGCGGCAGUGACGUCCGCUACCACCCCGGACCACGACUCGACCGCUGGCAGCAGCGACAGUGAGUCGCGCGCCUCGAUGCACGGGCUCAGCAUACUGGCCCCGAUACUGCUGUGCGUGGCCAUGAUGUCCAUCUACAUUGUGGUCGGUGCACUCACGCUGUUCCGGCUGGAAUCGUUACCGCUGUCCGACGGGGUGUACUUCUGCUUUAUGGCCCUGUCGACGAUCGGGUUCGGGACGCUGGCCCCCGGCACACGCCGAGAGUCGACCGCGACCACCUGGUUCUGCUCGGGCUACAUCAUGGCCGGGAUGGCACUGACGGCGAUGUGCUUUAACGUGCUGCACGACGAGAUACUGCACCGGUUGCGGCACAUGGUCGAGAUGCAGAAGGAGAUCAAGAGCCACAACGAGCAUCGGCGGUUUCUCGCCUCCUGACGGUACGAGAAGAACACGAACCUGUACCAGCGGAAUCCCACCGAGGAAACCUUGAUCACCGGAACACCGACGUCCGUUAUCUUCGCCCAAGAGCCAGACUUGGGCCAGUUGCAUCUGCAGCACGACUGUCACUCGGUGCAUCAUACGGUCGGGCACGAGCUUAUACCGAUCGUUACGAUGGCCCCGAACGGGCCCGGCCCGGGCCUGUCGUCGGAGCUGCUGGACCGUGCCACAUCCCUCUCGGACGUUGGGCCCGUUGGUGUUGGGCAGCCGAUGAUGAUGCCGUCGCCGGGUGAACAAACGGUACCGCACGGGCUGGGCAUGGCGAGCAGUGGGAUCGGUUCGAUGAUGACGUCGAACUUGAAUACGGGCGUGUACACGCUGCCAGAAGAAUCCGAACACGAGUCGGAAGAGUGCCCAGCCAUGUAAAGCCGAGGAGAGCUUGUGGACAGCGGCAACCUGAUCCCGUCAACUUUCCCGAGAUGUUGGGUGUUGGGGUUGUCUGUCGGAACAUCAAAAAACGCGAUACAGGUGUUACUCUUACAAAGAUCAAUCAAUCGUUGAAUCAUUUCCGUACUCAACCGUGCUGUUGAUGUGGAUCAAUUAUGACAAAUGCGGACACGUUACACGUUAAAUCUUAGGUUAAAAGGAAAUCACACACAUACUUAGAUUUAGAUAUUUCGAAUGCGUUAGAAAAAUGGAUGGACCGAUGGAAGAUAUGUUGCAACAACUAGACAACCAUAAAUUCCACUCCCUCCGGUUGUUGAGGCUGUCAGCACAUCAUACUAAGUGCAAUGUACAUAUACGUGUAACACACCUAACACACCUAACAUUAGCAGGCAUUUCGAGCGACAUAAACAGUAAUGAAACAAUCGCUACCAUUUACCGUACAGUGGAUGUAAAUAGUGAAGGAUUUGAACGCUGCUAAAUACCAUUUCAUAUCACGCAGUACAUUUUUCUUACAGGCCGAUACAUUUCCAGCCAGCCAUACACAACAAUCGUCUCGUCAAUUUGUUCAACUAUGCAGCGCAGCGCAAAAUUCAAUAGGUUUUGCUUUCGUUUCCAACGAACAAUACACGCUACACUUACAAAAUCCAACCAACCAUACAAUGAAUAGUGCCAUGCGGAAUGAGUGCAUGUGUAUGUUAAUCUUUUGUAUAAUUAUUACCUUGGUUGGAUAACGAAAAGGAUAUGUCGUAAAGCUAGCUAAUAUGGGCCGGAAAUGGUCGACGUACAUAAAUAUAUCACCUAAACUAUUUAGAUAAAAACGAAAAAGGAAAUAGAAUAGAGAUAAAUGUUCACCUUCAAGCACAUGCAACGGCUUGAUUGGCUGAAGGCAACUGUGCCAUAGAUAAAUGAGAAGCAAUUAUUCACUGGCUACGCAACGGUACGCGUAAAAAGAUCACUCUAUACGUUACCAGUCAAUCAUUUUAAGGUAGAGACAGUCUAAACAGAAAUGUAUAUUUAUCGAUUUUCAUAUAUGGUUACAAAGGUUUUGUCGCUGUUCUGUUGGGGGGAAUAUGUUUCCUUACUAAACCUUUGGAUAGAGCAAUGUAGGAAAAGAGAACAAAUAUCGAGAGAGGCACGAACACAAAAAUUCGCAGAAAUUGUUUCUACACAUUCGGUAUCCGAAUGAUGGUUAAACCAAAAAAUGGGUUCCGUUUGUUUGUUCGGUUCCGUUCCGUUUCAUCAAAUGAGCUUUAGAACACAAAGCAAACGUUUAUAAUAAGAACGUCCACACGAAGGAAUUUAGAGCAAAACGCACAAAGGCGGACUUCUAGGAGAAUUCGGAGAUUGUGCGAAGGGAGUAAUCGUCAAUAGACCUAACAUAACACAUAAACAAGUUACCUUUUCGUGCAAUAUGUAAUGCAACUCUAUCGUAUGAUAAUGGAAUUUACUUCUCUCCCCACACCGUUGUAGUUCCACUCCCCAGAGCAUCGAUAGAAACAGAAUCCCUCCUUUUGAUGCAAUAUUUUCAGCUUCGAGAUUGAGCCAGAAGGUGCUGGCGGAUGGACAUAGUAACCCUAUCUUUCGCUCUCGCAUCCUGUACCCCUUUUCUAUCCAAAGUUUUACGCGAACAAUGUAAAGGGCGGGUUUUAUACAGUUGUACAUAGCGCUUAUUGUUUACCUCCUAUUCGUUCAUCGACACCUGAACUAUACGUUUGUAAAAAGGCAAUCAUCGGCGUUGUUGGCCGGAGCAUAAUGUUUAAUUGCCUAAACUGUCCGAUUGCGUUCUUUACGAGAGGGAGAUGGAAUACUUCCAAUAAUAAUCGUAGUAUGAUCAUGUUGUAUGAAAACUCUUCUGGAAGAUCAUUUUGGGAUCAUUACGGGAGCGAAAAGGGGAGCGUGAACCAAUCAUGUGCUUCACGGAAUUACCGUCAUAAAUUGUAUCGAUCAAUGUGUUUAAACAAAUUGCAAAUAAACCCGUAUGUAACCGAUAAGUAACUGUAAGCUACAGGACCAGGCCCUGUUGUAACUAAAACAAACCUAAAAAAAACACUCACACUAGCAGAGAUCGUGCCGUUUGGUUUACAUUGACGAUCGUGCAGAUUGAUUCGAAUUUAUCCACUCUAAAGGGUGGAAGAGUAAUAGAAGGGCCGCGUUUGAAAUGACACCUACAUCUGUGAACACAAUGUGAUAACGAAUGAGCAGAUACGGCGUAACUUUUCACACAAUGCAAUCGAACAAUAUGGAGGGAGUCGUCCAUUAAACGGGGAAUUGAAAUAGAGAGGAAAGCAAAAUACAUAAGCAAGAAGAUUUGAAGCGAAGAUUAGGAGAAGAUGACAAACAGACAUUGCGUAUCCCUUACAAAACCUUCUUGUUCGCCAUACCCAACACACAUUCACAUACGCUUCGCCCGAAGAUAUGCGUUGUGAACGGAACGAAUGGACACUUCCUCAAGCAUCAUGUACGCGUCCAUUCGUCGGGAUGAACUAUGAUGAUCGUCCUUUUAUCGAUGCUGAUCGUUGAUGUAAUAAAAAAAAAGUAUAUGCAUACACUACCAUAUAAUAAUACAA